AGCAGGUCUCGGUUUCACCUACAUAUCUUAAUAUAAAUCCAUCCUUCCGUCCCGCGACUCCACUUGGCCAAACUGCGUCGUUGUCCAAAACAUCAACAAACUCACCACAUCUUCUGACACUUCAACCCCUACGCUCUGGACCAAUGUCUGACCAGGAGCACCAUUACAAAUUUAACGUGAGCAUGAGCUGCGGCGGCUGCUCCGGUGCCGUCGAGCGCGUCCUCAAGAAGCUAGAUGGCGUUAAGUCAUUUGACGUGAACCUCGAUUCUCAGACAGCAAGCGUUGUCACCGAUGCCUCUGUGCCGUACGAGACGGUUCUCGCGACAAUCAAGAAGACUGGGAAGACCGUGAAUGCCGGAGAAGCUGACGGCGAGGCCAAGGAUGUUUGAAUAAUAUGAUUGCCUAGAUAUAACAGUGGGAUCCGACAGCUAUGAUAGAUUGGGUGAAACUGUUUAAUUAGCGAUCGAUAUGGUCAUAUUCGUGAAGCUAUGACAGGAGGCAUACACACGCCACACACAAUCAUAGGGUAUAUUGCACUUGAUAAAAGGAUGUUUUCUUGUA